AUGCUACCGUACCUCUUCCCUGACCUUGCUGCCUUUCCCACAGUCGCUGACCUCAUUACGCACCUCCGCACUAGUGACACUCGAUACCACGCUGCGCUUCCUGCUGACUUCUGCGCCAAGAACCCCCCCCCCAUGUACAUCACUCUCUACUACAUAGUCACUUGCCUCCCUGACUCCCUUCGCGUAGUCAGGGACCACUUCCUCUCAGUCUAUCCCACCACUCUCACUUUUGACCUCCUCGAGAAGGGUGUUCCCCCUCCCCCCUUCUGCCCUCUGUUGCCUCUACUGCUGCGGCCGACCUCCUUGGUCUUGAGUCGGUCGGUGCGGCGUCUACCCUUAGCGGGAGACGCCGCUCUGGCAAAGGCAAGGGGGGCAGGGGCACUGGAGGAGCGAGCGGGGGCGGUGGAGGUGGAGGUGGAGGCAGCGGGGGGAGUGGGGGUGGCGGUGGGAGUGGAGGUGGGGGUGGAGGUGUCGGUGGCGGCAGUGGAGGCGGAGGCGGCGGUGGCGGUGGCGGUGGGAGCGGAGGUGGCGGAGGUGGUGGCGAUGGAGGAGGUGGCGGAGGCGGCGGUAGUAGCGGAGGCGGCGGAGGCGGCGGAGGCGGCGGGGGUGGCGGUGGAGCUGGUCGCGGGUCUGCGCAGAGGAGUCGCUCCGGUGGUGGUCCACGCCAGCAGCAGCAGCGCGGUCGUGAGACCCUGUCCCCUUAGAAGCUCCGUGAGUGGUACACUACACGCCAGCGGGGUGGGGGCUUUGGUCCGUGCACCUACGUCCUGCGCACCGGCGACCGUGCGGGUGAGCAUGGGGGGGUGCGCACCCCACCCAGCGCUGCUUUGGCCGCCUGACGGACGCGUGGUGUCACCAGUUCCCGGAGGCCACAGAGAUCCCUUGUGGGGCGAGCUGUCUAGGGUGGGAGUUGCCAUCUAUGAUCUUGAUUUUGAUGCUAUCCUUUCUGCCAUGUAUGCUGUGUCUAUUAGUGAUGAGGGUGACUGUUACCGGUGUUUCCCGCCCGACCCGGGCAUUGAAACUGCUGCUCUAGGUACUGGUGAGGCUGCUGCUCUAGGUGCCAGUGAGGCUGCUGCUCUAGGUGCCAGUGCGUCUGCGUCCUCAGGUGCUGGUGAGUCUGCGCUCGCGGGUACCACGUCGGCUUCGGCCUCCCUCACCUUCACACUUGACUCAGGGGCUUCUCGCUCCUUCUUUCGAGACCGCACCACACUCAAGCCGCUUGGUCGGCCGGUUGCAGUCUCCCUGGCAGACCCCUCUGGGGGUCCUGUCCUUUCUCACUUCUCCACUGUCCUCCCGUGUCCGGCGGCCCCCUCUGGCACCUUGUCUGGUCUUUACCUCCCCUCGUUCUCUACGAACUUGGUGAGUGGUGCUGACCUACAGGAUCCGAGGGUUCACCACUUUACUCCUGCGAGUCAGUGGGUGACCCACUGCUCGGACGCUCGCACAGGCCGACACCUGGCCACGUUUACGCGUCGGCCGGGGUCGAGCCUGUACACCCUGACCACUGAGUCUCCUCCUGUCCCUGCGUCUCGUCAGGUAGCUGCGUCGGGUCAGGUGUUUGCUGCAGCAUCCAGGUCUGGUCCUGAGUCUGCCCCCUACUCGUGUCCCCUCCUGUCUCACGAGACUCUCCUCUGGCACCACCGCCUUGGUCACCCCUCCCUGCCUCGUCUCCGAGGCAUGGCCUCCCGUGUCCUUGUCUCUGGUCUUCUCCGGUCCCUCCCUCCCCUUCCUCCGGGGCCUGGCCCCACCUGCGUCCCCUGUGUCGAGGGGCGGCUGCGGGCUGCCCCUCACUCUUUUCAGUUUCCCCCGACAGACGCCCCGCUGCAGACGCUUCACAUGGACGUGUGGGGCCCGGCCCGCGUCCGUGGACAGGGUCACGAGCGCUACUUCCUACUGGUGGUUGACGACUACUCGCGUUACACCACAGUCUUCCCCUUGCGCUGCAAGGGUGAUGUCACUGGGGUGUUGAUCGACUGGAUCCGCGCAGCUCGUCUCCAGCUCAGGAGGAGCUUCGGCUCGGACUUUCCUGUUCUGCGUCUUCACUCUGACCGAGGCGGAGAGUUCUCCUCUGGCCUUCUGCGAGCCUACUGUCAUGCGCGAGGCAUUCGCCAGAACUUUACGCUUCCGGACUCUCCACACCAAAAUGGGAUUGCUGAGCGCCGCAUUGGCAUGGUCAUGGACGUCACCCGUACGUCCAUGAUGCAUGCGGCUGCCCCCCAUUUUCUAUGGCCGUUUGCGGUUCAGUACGCGGCGCAUCAGAUCAACCUUCACCCCAGGGUCUCCAUGACCGGGACCUCCCCAGCUUUGCUGUGGACGGGGAAGGUAGGCGAUGCGUCUGCGUUCCGUGUCUGGGGAUCUCGGGCGUUUGUCCGCGACUUGUCUGCGGACAAGCUGUCCCCUCGUGCUGCUCCUUGCGUCUUCCUUGGCUUCCCCCCUGACGCGCCAGGGUGGCAGUUCUACCACCCCACCUCUCGUCGUGUUCUGUCCUCCCAGGACGUCACGUUUGACGAGUCGGUCCCCUACUACCGCCUCUUCCCCUACCGCACUCCGUCCCUCCCCCCGCCACCGCUCUUCCUUGUGCCAGGUCCCCCCCCGGUAGACCCCCUCCCCCCUCAGGGUCCUGCCCCUUCAGGUGUGUCCCAGGUAGACGCAGUCGAGCCUGUCGAGGUUCCUGGUGACUCUGGUGCUGCUGAGGAUACUGGGCCUGGGGGUGCUGACUCUGGGGGUGCUGAGCGUGUGGGUGCUACUCCUGGGGGUGCUACUACUGGGGGUGCUGAGUCUGGGGGUGCUGAGCCUGGGGGUGCUACGCCUGGGGGUGCUGAGCCUGGGGGUGCUGAGCCUGGGGGUGCUACGCCUGGAGGUACUGAGCCUGGGGGUGCGGAGCCUGAGGGAGCUGGGCUGCUGGAGCUGCGUGAGUGGUUUGCCCGGCGCUGGAGGCGAGCUGCUGGAGCUGGAGGUGCUGCGGGUACAGGAGGUUCUGUUGCUACUAAGGGAGCUGGUGCCACGGGUCCCGGAGGUGCUCGUAGUGGGAGUACUGGAGCUGCUGGGCCUGCGGGUACUUCUGGAGCUGGAGCUGCUGCGGGUGUUGGCGCGGAGGCUACUGCUGUCGGUCCUGGAGGCGGUCCUGCUGGGGGUACUACUGGUGCUGCUGGAGGUACUGGAGCUGGAGCUGCUACAGGUGCUGGUGCUGCUACUGGGGGUGCUGGUGCUGUCCCUGCUGUGUCUGGAGUCGACGCGCGGCCUCGCCCGUACUUCGUUCCGCUCCUUCAGCAGGUUCUUGGUCUCCCGUCUUCUACUGGUCCUCCUCCCUUAGAGUGUCCACAGCCUGUCCCGUCGCAGUUACAGUUACAGCCGGCCUCCCCACUGCCUGCUCCGUCUCCCUACACUGGUCCUACUGGAGGUCUUGCUAAGCGUCGUGAGCCUGGGUCUCGCCCUGCGUCGCCUGUCCGUGCUGCUCGCACUAGUGGUCGCAGUUCGCGUCAGCGUCCUCCUCCUGUCCCUGGCACGCAUUGGAUGUCUCUACGUCCGUCCACUGCUCCUCUGCGUGCCCCUUUGCCUUCUCCUCCUGAGUCUUCUCUUCCUGCUCUUGCCGACCUGGAGUCGGACUCUCUUCGUGCUGCCAGUCCUACUGUUACGCGUCUCCUUGCUACUGUCGUCACUGACCCUUCUUUUUAG